AUGGAUGAACCACCAGCAGAGCCACCAGUUGGUGGAGAAGAAGUCAACCCAGCUCCUCCGGGGGUUCCAUUAAUCACACAAACCUUUGGGAAUAUAAGCGGAUUCUUCGCUGCUUACGGCUGGUACAUCGUUGCCGGAUUCGUCAUCUUCAGCUUCGUCUGGAAGAACCUAGAAGAGAAGAUCGCGCGAUUCCAAAGAUCCAUCGAAGACGGUCGCAUCAAAAAAGAUCCAGACACGGUAAACAGAAUGGAAGAAGAACGAUUCAACCGACUUGAGCGGCUUCAAAAAGAAUUCGAUGAGAAAGCGAUUAUAAGAAAAGCUCGAGAAGACGAAAUCGCCGCUGAGAAAGCUGAGCGUGAAAAACUCCGACAAACCCUGAAGUUGCCCGAUAUGAGGAGGAGAAAGCUACAAAGGCUGGCAAUUCCUCUUCUUCUGGAGCGCAAAAGAGCACUUCCGGUGCCAAGCAACGUGGAAGCACUUUUAAACGAGGCGAAUACAACCCGUUGA